CGUAUUUUGUAGUGAUUUGUUUUCUAGUCCUCUUCAUCUGUGAUCGCGAAGGCACGAGCCAACGCCGAAGGGCGAAAAUAGGAGCAGAUGAGAGGGAAGUAAUCUUAACUGCCGCACGAUGAAGAGACGAUUUGCGAGUGCCUAACGAUCUGCUGUGUGAACAUCUAAGCGAACUUUUAUAUGUGGAGAUUUCGUUUUUGUAAAAUGUUAUGCUAUGUGAACUAUCCUGUUGCGUGAACAUUUUUAUUGCAGUAUUGAGACUGAGUGUGUGAAUGUUAGUUUAUGUGUUUAUUUGUCGAGUUUUGUGAUUGUUGACAUUACGAUCACAGCUGUCAUGUAAGGGAAGAAGCCACACAUAGGCCCCAUAAAAUGCAGCCUCUGGUUGUUAUUAGCAUCGUGAGGUUUCACAGUGGCACAUCCUAAUAUAUGUCAUCAUCUGCUAAGUACAUGCAUUUUCACUUCUACGUGUGUGUUCCUUCAUUUAGGAUGGCGCCAGCUAGAGGAAGAACUGGGCAAACAUGCUGUGUGCCGGGGUGUGACAACAACAGCAUAAAAGACAAAGGCUUGUCGUGGCACGUAUUUCCAAGUGACCUCACCCUGAGGAAAAUAUGGCUCAAACGAAUAAAUAGGAAAGGGCCUGGAGGGAAAUAUGCUCUUUGGCAACCAAAACCGAGCAACAGAGUAUGUGGGGUCCAUUUUAAUGUUACAGGCCAAAGGGCCUACGAGGAUGUUCUUCCAAGGUUUUUCCCAUCAAAAACAUACCCACCCUGGACAAAAGAAACUCAUCGUUCUGCAAAAAGACAGAAACAGCAACAUGAGCCCACACCACCUUGUGGAGAACAGCCAACAGAGGAGCUGGUAUUCCUGCCUGAACUGGAUGUGGCCAGCGUGGUGACCUUGGGUGCCCCAGCCUUGUUGUCUGAACAAGUUGCCACUGAAGAGCAGUGCCCCUCAAAGACUCAGCAUAUGGAUCACCCUUACAGUGUUGCCCAAACAAGCCCCCGGAAAGCAGUCUCUGAGCAGAAGCUACUUGCUGCUUCGCUGCUGGAGUCAACGAACCAACUUCACAGGGAAGUUCAAGAACUUGCAGCACGUAACACAGACCUCCAGGACAGAGAAAAGCACUUGGAGAGAAAGCUUGCUCACAUGCAAGCUGAAAGACUUCGGGCACCUCAGCUACCUGACACAACAAAGUCGCAGGAAAUGUUAGCUGAUGCCAAAAUGUUGAGAUUCUACACAAGCUUUCAAUCUGCGCAGAGAUACAUGCUGUUCAUUAAGUUUGUAGAAGAUGGGUUAUCAGCUUAUCAAGAUGUAACGGGUCAAGGUAUUCCAUGUGUAAUGCACAUGAUGGACCAAGUGACACUCGUGCUCAUGAGGUUCAGAUUGAACCUUCCUGAGCAAGAUCUUGCGUACAGGUUUGGCACGAGUUUGACCAGUGUAAGCCGCAUCUUUUCAUUUUGGACUGAAUUUCUAGCGGCUUACCUCGGACGGGUGCCUCACUGGCCCAGUCGUGAAAUCGUCAAAAGAUUCAUGCCUCAGGUGUUUAAAGAUACCUAUCCAACUACAAGAGUUAUCUUAGACUGCACAGAAAUAUUCAUAAAAACCCCUAGUGAUUACACUGUGCAGAGUGCCACUUAUUCAGCGUACAAAGGUCAGAAUACAGCAAAAGGACUUGUUGGUAUAUCUCCAAACGGCAUGGUGACUUUUGUUGCUGACCUUGCUCCAGGAAGGCUUUCUGAUAAAGAGAUAACACGGUGCAGUGGUCUGUACAAAAAGCUGGAGCAAGGCGACUCAGUAAUGGCUGAUAGAGGAUUUUUGAUUGAAGAUGAUCUUACUGAGCUUGGCGUGUCACUAAAUAUUCCGCCGUUUAUGAAAGGAAAAUCCCAGCUGUCAUUACAGGAUGAACAAGAGACGAGAAAAAUUGCUAAAGUCAGGAUUCAUGUUGAACGUGUGAUUGGCCAACUGAAGACUUUCAAAGUUCUUAAACAGGUAUACCCAAUCACAAUGUCACGGAAGCUGAACUCUGUGUGGAAGGCGUGUGCCUACGUGUACAAUUUCAUGAACGAACCUUUGGUUGAUCGAUGAUCAUAGAAGAGGAAGCAUUGAAAAAUUCUGUCAACAUUCUCAUAGCACUCGUGUCAUUCUGCUCAUGGGAUACGAAGGACACUGCAGAGGAGGAUCCCACAUUAUUUUUGAUAACGUGCAGUGCCUUUGUGCGCAUAAUUUGGCAUCUUUCUUCACGUUUUUUUUUUUUCCUAGACUUCAAUUUUUAGGCUGUGCUCGACCUGUCCGCUUCCUAUAAGUGUUGCUGUAAUUUUCUCAUGAUCAUCCUUGCCCUAUUUAGUUCCAGUCCUGGACUAAGGCCUCUCCCAAUGAUCUCAAUGCACCCUAUAUCUUGUACAAGCCGAUUCCAUUUUAUCCCUGCGUACCUCCUUUCAUCACGCCAUCUAACUUGCUGUCUUCAUCGAGUGCAUUUCCCCUCCCUUGGUAACGAUGCUGUUGCUUAAUCGUCCACGUGUUCUCUGUCCUACACAUUAAGUGACCAGCCCAGGACCAUUUAUUGAGCUUGAAGUCAACUAGAAUAUCCGCUACUUGUGUCUGUUCCAUGAUCCAUUUGGCUGUUUUCCGCUCUCUCAAUGUUGCUUUCACAAUUUUCUGUUCCAUUGCAUGCUGCAUGAUGCUUAACUUUUUCUGUAGUUUCUUUAUGUUCUCUGUUUCAGCACCCAUAUGUUAGAAAUUGCAGUAUCGAGUUAUUGUAUGCUUUCACUUUUUAAGGAUAGUGGCAUGUUGCCGCUCAUUAGUCACGAGUGCUUGCCGUAUGCAAUCCAGCCCGUUAUUCUUCAGUGAAUUUCCUUUUCCUAAGCAAGCUCCCCUAUUAGUAAUUGACCUAGGUAUGCAUAUUAUUGUGGAGACUUUUUUUCUAAUCAUAACCCCUCUCUCUUUCUAGGCUAUUGGGCAUUAUGCUUGUGUUCAGCCUAUUUAUUUUUGGCCCUAUUAUAUGCUUUCUUGGUUUCAGUUCUGAAUUUUUGGGGGGAGGAGGAUUUAUUCCCAUUGUUGCGUAAUAAUGCUAUGUCGUCCCCAAAUCGCAGAUAGCCAAGAUAUUCGUCAGGUUUUAUUCCUAACCCCUCUUUCUAUUGCCAUCUUAUUCUGCCUUUUGUGAAGAAGCAAGGUAGCUGUAGAGUCUAGAUGUCGGCUUGCAUAUUUAUACAUGUUACAGGUGCUCCUUUCUAACUCUGUGCUAUCAGGACUGCUGGUAUCUCAGCCAAGUUGAAGGACUUUUCAUAGUCUAUGAAAGUUAAAUAAAGGGGUUUGUUAUACUCGCCACAUUUCUCAAUUACCUGUGAUUCAUCGAAGAAUAUCUUGCCUGAAGCUGCCUUGCUCAUCAAUUUCAACUAGCCGAGCUUCCCAUCUUGCUGUUUUGUGUACUA